AUGAAAAAGAGCAAAUGGCGGGUGCGCUUUGCGCUGCCCUCCCGCAGCUGAUGCACGCUCCGCUCGCUGACGACGAAUCUGUUGUUUGUCAUCGAACGUGUCGAGAGCAGCGAACGGGUGGUUUAUUUAUUCAUCUGUACGUGUACAAGUGAACGUGAAAAUUUAUUUACGGGCCGUGACAAAUAAUAAAAAGUAUGUGACAUAAACAAGUAGUUUUAUUUAUUAUGUGCGACUGUUUUCGAUCGCAAAGCUGCGAUUUCGCCGUAUGCAUGUUUUGUUCCAGUGUGAUUAAUCGAAAAUAUGCAAAUAAGAAUAAUAACAAUACAAUGAAAUAAGACAUGCUGGGGAUCUCUUUUUUCUUCUCACAAUUGCGACUCCACUGACGGAUACGCUUAACCUAUAAAAAGAAAAAAAACAGAAGGUUCAUUCAAGCCCCUUUUGGUUCGGUUCGAUUCUCUUAACAAUAUAUACGGAACCACUUCUGUUUGAUUCCCUAUAUAUAGGUAUACUUUGUUAAAGAGAACCAUACCGAACCAAAAGUGGCUUGAACAAAUCCUCAGACAAGAGAAUUGCAAGUGCAAGUCUGCUGCAGUCUGCAGAUAUGUGUGCCAUUAUUACAAAGUGCCUCGAGUAAUCCAACGUCGACGACGACGGCAAAUCUGCAACGCAUACAUAUACCUCGAUGAGAGAAUUUCAGUGUUUGGAGUAAAAAAAACGAGCCAGCGUGUGGUUAAAAAAAUAUCAUAUGUGCGAGCGGACUGAAGAAAGAGCCUCUGAAUGUUGGCAAGCAUGCAAGCCGAGCUGAUGUACCGUAAGAGUGCGGCGAUGAGCUCGCACCAAGAGCUAUCACUGACGACAGCGAUGCACCACAAUCACCACCUGCUGCAGCAGCAGCACCACCACCACCGCCACCGGCACAAUUACCAGCAUCGACAGGUGAAGCUCGAGCCGGCGAGCCAGCAAGAGUCGGCGACCGAGACAAUACACUCGGGCCACUUUAUGGUCUCGCAUUUCGAGGCCGAGGCCCAGGAUGACGAGGACGAGGUGGCCGUGCCGGUGCCCGAGGACGACGACGACGACGACGACGGCGAGGAGAAAAACUCGCCCGCUCGGUUGUCGAUCGUCGCCCAACCGGGUGGCUUUCAGGGCGAGCGAUUCGGCGUGCCCAACUCGAACGCGGACAAGAGCUCCCAGCAACAGCUCAGCAUCGAGACGUCCCUCCGUAAGCUGUUCCAGUGCAUGUCGUUGGCCUACAGACAGAAGCUGACAUCGCCCAAGUGGAAUCGCUUCAAAGGCAUCCGGCUCCGAUGGAAGGAAAAGAUCCGAUUGAACAAUGUUAUCUGGCGCUGCUGGCACAUGCAGUUUAUACUGAAACAAAACACGUUGGUAUGUCAAUUUGCAUCCCCACUCGAUGUCGACACUCAUAAUAAACCUGAGGCGGUCGUAUUGGAAGGCAAAUACUGGAAACGAAAACUGAAAGCUGUUACUGCCGAGUACAAGAAAUGGCGCAUGUUUUAUCGGAACAAAAUUCUUGGAUGGACGAGCAAAGAUGGCAGCGACAUGCUCGAGUCGAUGGACACGUUGGAAUGGGGCGACAGCAUGGGCAACUUCGACAUGUACGGCGCCGGAUGUCAGAGCUCCUGCAGCGGGGCCGGCAGCACGACCAGCGCCGACGGCAUCCACAGCAUGAUGGUCGACGAAGAUUACCGGGAACUCAUGACCGAUACCCUCUUCUCGACCAUCAGCCUUCACCAGCCGCUCUACUUUCCCGAUUCGCGUGAAAUAGCUCGGGGAGCCAGCCUGGCCGACUUCAUUCAACCGAGUUUGGGACCACUGCAGCCAAACUUGGACGACUUUAUCGACACUUUGGAGCCUCUCCAAGAGUUCUUGAGCUCGCGACUGCCAUCGGUUCCCGAGGAGGAUGUCUUCCAAAGCUCAGGGUUGAACAGCAACUACGCAGAACUCGACCUGAUGGCCCCUAUGAACCAGGUGAGCGGUAUGCCCGACCCGAGUGCUGUCAUGAGCGCAGCCACGUCCGCUAACAGUGCGACUGCGGUAUCCACGCCCGUGGCGACUGGGCCAAACUCGAUGCAGACCGAAGAGUCGAGUGUUGGCUUGCAGAGCCUCCAGUACACCGCUAAAAUCUUUACCCAGCCGCAGCAGCAGCAACAGCCGGAAUCUGUGUUCAGAAAUAACGCCGAUUUUAGUGCUCUCCAGCAGAGUUACGAGCAACAACUGCAUCAGCAAUUACAACAGCAACAGUUGCAUCAGCAACAGCUGCAGUUACAGCAGCAACAAGUGCCUCAGCAAAUAAGGACCAGGCAGCCGCGGCCGAGUAGAGCCUCAAUACGAAACUCUCGGUUAACUCAACAACAGCAGCAGCAGCAGCAGCAGCAGCAGCAGCAACAACAACAACAACAACAACAACAACAACAACAACAACAACAACAACAACAACAGGUCUUUCAAGCAGCCGCGCAGCAACACCUAACGGCGUACAGAAAUCAACAGCAGCAGCCAGACUAUGCGAUGGAGAUACAGACUUCGAAUAUCUCGACAUUACCAACACACCCGACGCCUAUACACAUGACUCUUGCCGAGCCAACGAAUCAGCAAGUGCAGGUAUUCCUUACCCAGCAGCAGCAGCAGCAGCAGACUUUCACGGUGACGACGGAAGCGCAGAAACAGCAAUCCCAGCAGAUUCAGAAGCAGCUGACGUCCAACCUAGCGAUCAAGCCGUACAACAAACCAACCAGUUCUGGCUACAAGUUUCCACCCCCACCGCAAGCUUUCGAUCCUCAACAGUGCAAGUUUACCAACAACAAUCUCAAGACACUGCCAAGUCAGCCGGUGGGCGCAGUGGCGGCCCAACAGCCCGCCCACUCGCACGUGCUCCUGCAGUACAAACCCCAAGGUAUCGAUCUCACGGCGCCGGCUCAGCAUCCAACUAAGCUGCUGCCCCGGCCUACCGCGGUUAACGUCGCCUCACCGAUCGAGGUUAAAGAAGAAGUCUUUGCUGUGCCAAAAUAUCAAAUGAAAUCGAAGAGCAGAUCUCGAAGUAGCUGCUCAUCGACGUCUUCCAAGAUGCACCCUCCUCCACUUGUGUCAGCUGUCAGUGAUCCCAACUUGAAUCUUAAUAACAACGUUCUUCUUGCACAUCUUCUCACGAACAACACAUCGAAUCUGUACACGGUUAGUACGGGUCCGGAUAAAGUCACAGCUCAGCCGGUGAUCGGCGUCAAGCACAUAUUGCCUAUGCUUUCGUCGACGCUUACAUCCGGCGCACAAGUAUCCAACGCCACUCAUAACAUAAAUUCAUCCAUCAGCGCUCAAACCAUGCACACCACCGCCAAUGUACAAAGUCCUGCAACUCAUCAGUCAUUACAACAGUCGAGUUCAAGUCAAUCGUUACUUGCUCAGGCAGCAGCUGCAGUACACCAACAGUCGCCCAAUAGCGAUCCUAACUCACCAAAGGAUUCAACAGCACACAGUCCGCAGGCCCUGAGUCUCAGUCCUCUGCACAGUCCAAUGAGCUUGGGUAGUCCACUAUCUCCUGGCCGAGGUUACGUGAAGGGAGAUCCAGAACGGGGUCAGUACAAAGAACAGCGCCGAGUCGGUCACAUUCAUGCUGAGCAGAAGCGCCGCUACAACAUUAAAAAUGGCUUUGACAUGCUGAAUAGCCUAAUACCACAGCUCAGUCAGAAUCCAAAUACGAAAAUGAGUAAAGCUGCGAUGCUGCAGAAGGGCGCUGAUUACAUCAAGCAGCUUCGAUCAGACAGACGCGAGAUCUGCGAGGAAAGCGAACAGCUCAGGUCACAGAUCGAGAUGUUGAGUUUGUCGAUCAAUAAUUGCCAAGCCUUGCUACCCGCUACUGGGGUUCCUGUUUCACGACAGAGAACAAACAAAAUGAAAGAGAUGUUUGAUGAAUACGUCAAGGCAAGGACGAGAGAUAAUUGGAAGUUCUGGAUUUUUAGUACGUUAAUGGAGCCGUUGAUGGAAUCUUUCAACAAUGCUGUAUCCACAGCAAGCAAAGAAGAGUUAUACAGAACAACAAUAGUGUGGGUGGAGCAGCAUUGUUCUCUAGUAGACCUUAGACCAGCUGUCCUCAACUCAUUGAAAAAAUUGUGCACUGAAACGGACAUUCUCAACGAUCCUUCUCGUUUGCCAGAGGAAGCACUUGCAGCAGUGAACGUACCGAAACGGCGAAACUCUUUGCAGUGAUCAAUUUCAUGUCUUGUGUAAAUUAAUAAUCUUUAAGUGCGAGUUUGUGAAAUGAAGCAUGAAUUCGAUCUCCAAGUUCGAUAAGAAACUUGUAUCUUAAAAAGACAGUUACCGUAUAUUAUCACGUUAAAAUAAAAAAUGCAGGAAAAAAUAACAUACAUUUGUACAGAAAGUAUAAGUAGUCUUAUCCUGGGGUACGUAAAUACGUUUGAAAGCUCUUAUUUCUGCAAGAUUAUUCAACUUCAGCGGAUGCAAAAUAAUAUGAAGUGCAAUUUUGCUGAGAUUGAAGAUAAAAUUUUUUAAGAUAUUGAAUAAAAAUUGAACGUCUCGUGAAGUCGAAAUUUUAUUUUGUUUUU